CAGUAGGCAACCACCACAAUUGAAUCUCUUACCUCUACCUCGUCCGCUUACCCUACGAUCCCCUACCCACACACUGGAUCGGCCACCUUGAUCACUUCCACCCCUCCUCCACACUUUCGUGAUGGUGCGCUUGCGAGAGAUCCCACGCACGGCCACCUUUGCGUGGUCCCCAGGUGCGCAGGCCCCGCUGAUUGCCACGGGUACAAGAGCAGGAGCUGUAGAUGCGGACUUUUCAAAUGAGACAGUUCUGGAGCUCUGGGAAUUGGCUCUGGACAACGUCGCACAGGGAGCAGAAAUUACUCCUAUCGCAAGCAUAUCUGCAGAUUCGAGAUUUCAUGACAUUGCUUGGUCCCAACCAACUAACGACCAUCCUCGAGGCAUAAUUGCGGGCGCACUCGAAAAUGGUUCACUCGAUUUGUGGGAUGCCGAGAAGCUGCUUAAGAAUGCAAGCGACUCGCAUAUCACACGUAUUGAUAAGCACACCGGGCCCAUCAAAGCCCUCCAGUUCAACCCGUUCCGCCCGGAGCUCCUCGCAACUGGCGGAGCCAAAGGCGAGCUCUACAUCACGGACGUUACCAAUCCAUCCAGCUCCUUCCGGCUAGGUUCCUCCGCCGCGCGAGCAGAUGAUAUUGAAGCAAUCGAUUGGAACAAGAAGGUCCCCCACAUAUUGGCUACCGGUAGUAGCGGUGGCUUUGUCACGGUCUGGAACGUGAAAGAGAAGAAAGAGAACCUCACAUUGAACAACUAUGGAAGAAAAGCCGUCAGCGCGGUUGCAUGGGAUCCCAACGUUCCAACCAGGUUAAUAACUGCCGUGCCGAACGACAUGGACCCCUUAAUUCUCAUGUGGGACCUAAGGAAUUCGAACGCGCCGGAGAAAAUACUGAAGGCACAUGAACAGGGCGUCUUAUCCUUAGACUGGUGUAGACAUGAUAGUGAUCUCCUUCUGUCAUGCGGUAAGGAUAACAAGACGAUUUGCUGGAACCCGCACACCGGGCAGGCUCUUGGAGAGUUUCCAAUUGUGACAAAUUGGACUUUCCAAACCAGGUUCAACCCUCAUAAUCCAGGUCUCAUUGCUACAGCAUCAUUUGAUGGGAGGAUCGCAGUACAGACGAUACAGAGCACCCGCAAAGACGACAAGGCUACGACCACGACUAGUCAGUCUCUCAGCGGAGAAGACUUUUUUGCCAGCGCCCAGACGCUACCACAGGGAGAUACAUUCUCCUUGCCACAAGCGCCAAAGUGGUUGCGGCGACCUGUAGGCGUCUCAUUCGGCUUCGGUGGCAAGCUCGUGAAGCUGUCUACAACGGAGCUCGGUUCAAGUCAAUCCAAGAUUACUAUAUCCACGUUCGCAGCAGAUGCAGCGGUAGGAAUUGCUACGGAAAGGUUUGAAAAGACCUUGGAAGAAGGUGAUUUGGCCAAGAUUUGCGAAGAUAAGAUAUCGACUGCUCGCACGGACGAAGAGAAGGCUGAUUGGACUGUCAUCGAGACGCUGAUCACCGGCAACGCCCGUAAAAAGCUCGUAGAUUAUCUAGGCUUCGCUGAUGCUGCUGUCGCGCCUGAAGAAUCACAAGUGGAGGUCAACGGCAAAGCCGAAGACAAGGACGGGUCAGCUUUCUUUGAUGGUGGUGACGUUGACAGUUUCCUCUCCGAUCUUGCAGCUACUAAAGGAGCGCGGACGAACAAUCCAUUCAAUCUGUAUAGCGGGCAAGAAUCUGAAGCCGAUAAGAGGAUUACACAAUAUUUGAUUCUGGGAAACUUCGAUCGGGCUCUCGAUGUCUGCUUACAAGAAGACCGCAUGUCCGAUGCCUUCAUGAUUGCUAUUUGUGGUGGUCAAGAGUGUAUAGCCAGAGCACAAGCCGCGUAUUUUAAAGGUAAAGCACAGGGACCCAAUUACCUGCGCCUCCUAGCCUCCGUUGUGGGCAAGAAUUUGUGGGACACUGUCCAUAACGCCAAUCUCGAUAACUGGAAGGAAGUGAUGGCGACUGUUUGCACUUUUGCCGAUGCGUCUGAGUUUCCUGAUCUGUGCGAAGCGCUUGGUGAUAGACUCGAAGAGGCAUACGCCGAUGCGGCUGAUAGGAAGUCUCUUCGUCGUGACGCAUCUUUCUGUUACUUGGCAGGUUCCAAGCUUGAAAAGGUUGUCACGAACUGGGUACAAGAGCUACAGGAGAAUGAGAAUGCAGGAUUGGAAGAAGCUGAACAAGAGACAAGUUUCUUUGUCCACGCCAAAUCUCUCCAGGAUUUUAUCGAAAAAGUCACCAUCUUUAGGAAGGUCACUGGCUUCCGGGACGAGCAGCUCAAUCAGGCCGAGGACUGGAAACUGGCGGCUCUUUAUGCGAAGUAUACUGAGUAUGCUGAUGUUGUUGCAGCGCAUGGACAGUUGCACGUUGCUGAAAAGUACCUCGACUUGCUUCCGGCCAAGUACCCAGCGGCGGAUGUUGCUCGCAAUCGCGUGAAGCAAGCAACAACGAAAGCAACUCCUACUGUCCAGAACCAGCCAGCGCCUGCUGUUACUCAGGCUCAGCGUGGACAACGGGUAGUACCAAGCUAUGCUCAAACCCAACCAGCUCCAGCCCCCACCCAGUCUGUACCAUCGCCAUAUGCACCAGUACAACAGCAAACGGUAUCAGCAUACGCGUCUCAAGCUCAGCAGGCGACAAAUCCUUAUCCUCCUGCUCCAGGAGCGAGAAGCUACACUCCCAAUGCUUACGCUCCUGCUACAGCGCCUGGCAUUCCCCAGCCAAGUUAUGGUGGCUAUCAAGCACCCCAGCAACAGAGUAUUCCCCCACCCCCUCGCGGGUUUACAUCUUCACCAUCAGUGGUACCCGCUGCUCAGCGCAAAGACAUCGCUCAGUGGAAUGACACACCCGAUUUCGGACCCAAGAUACCCCCGCCACGUCGUAACACGCCUACUGUUCAAGGACCUUUCGGGAAUCAACAAACUACUGGGCCUCCCCCUAUGAUGUCGCCAACAGGCUUUCAGCAGUCAAGACCGACUCCACCACCUCCUCCGAAAGGACCUUUAGGUGGUGCAGGACCACCACCUUCGGCUCCUCAGACGUUUCAACCUCCUCCCCGUCCAUCAUCGUCCGCAGCGAAUGCGUAUGCUCCCCCUACACAGUCGCCGAACCAGACUGGCUUUGCGCCACCGGUUCAAGCGCCGCCCCGUGGACCGUCACCAUACAACCCUCCGCCAUCCACAGCCGCUCCGUCUUCCAAUCGUUACGCCCCUGCCCCGGGAUCACAACCUACUCCCCCUCCAGGUGGUCUUCCAACGCCUCGAGCUACAGGACCCCCACCCCAGAACUAUUAUGGGGCAGCACCAUCACAGUAUGCACCUCAGCCAGGACCUGGACCGGCUUCUGCUCAGGCACCACCCCCAUCGGGACCGCCACGAGGCCCACCACAGGGACCCCCACGGGCUGCACCACCUCCUGGACCACCUCAGAGGCCACCUUCCGGACCACCCCAAGCCGUACCUACCCCUCCACCAGCUGCUGCCAAGUAUCCUCCCGGAGAUCGGUCACAUAUUCCCCCGCCAGCGCAACCCAUUUUUGAGAUCCUAAGUGGAGACAUGCAGCGCGUGAAAUCCAAAGCGCCAGCCUCAUUCAAGCCUCAGGUUUUAGAUACAGAAAAACGGUUGAACAUACUCUUCGACCACCUGAACAAUGAGGACGUUGUCAAACCUGGCACUGUGCAGCAGAUGGGAGAAUUGGCGCAGGCUCUCCAAGGCCGCAAUUACGAACAAGCAACUGCUAUAAUUACCGAUAUCAUCAAGGUGAAGAACGAUGAAGGUAGUAAUUGGAUGGUCGGUGUCCAGCGCCUACUAAAGAUGAGCCGCGCAACUCCACUAUGAGACACCCAGGGCUUGUAAAUUACCGCCGGCAGCUGACCAUAUAUUCCCGUUGAGGAACAUGUGGUCACGCGAGCAGUCUUGAUGGUACAAUUGAGAUUCUUUAAGUAUAUAUUUGCUUAUCACCAGAUAGCAUGAC